UACAUCAACCAGAACGUUUUACUCAUAAUAUUCGUAAUAUUCGUAAGAGUGCUUAAUAAUCUCGCAUCAAAUUUUCGCCAGUAAUUACUCUUAAACGGCCUAUGUAUCCGCACGAAUUCCGCAUUGUUGACAAGUAGAUCGGCUCGCGCCGAUCACCCAAUAGCAGCUAAUUAAGGCGGAGCUUAGUCAGCUUACCCUCCACGAGACAGCCCUAAACCGGAGCAGUACACCAGCUGUGCAUCAGUAAUUAAACACGUUUUUUUCUAUAACCCACAGACGACUUGUUAAUUUGGUGAAAACCAGAAAUCGUUUUGGUUUUUUUUACAAGAUUUAUUAAAAGCCGAUUUUGUAACGUGUUGAAGGUGAUACAUCAAUCAUACAUUUUUGAAUGCUGCAGUCUGCUGUGCGGUGAAUCCUAUGUGCGAUUCGCACGUUGUGGGUGGAAUUUCAAUUAUGCGCUGUGUCAGUGUUAAAUUCUCUACAUCCGUUGUUAUUGCAAUACUUUUACUAAUUGUCCUCAUAUCGGAACCUGGAUCGUGCGGAAAUCUUGUGCGAUUAGUUUCGAAAUGCACCACAAAAGCCGGUAUUGGCCGGUGUACUUCCCUUCCAUCCAGCUGCAUGGACAUGGGCGGCAUCGUGGAGGAUGAACUGCAGCUGACCAAUGGCGAGCGUCCCCGUGAUUACUGCCCGGACGAUGAAGUCUGCUGUGUACUGCCGCCCAUUCCCUUCACGGAAACCUGUCAGAUCUGCGGUAAGAAAGGCAACGAUCGGACAGCCCGUAAAUCGAAUCUGGAACGCAAUCUCGACGAGAAUAAUGGUCAGCAGCGACACCGGCUGCGGGCGUUACGGGAUGUGUGGCAGGCUGAACAGGAUGCUGCGCGUGGACGCCUCAUGCAGCCGGAUCACACAUAUUAUGGGCAAAUGGGUCGAAUUAUGAAUGGGGACAAUGCCAGGAAAAGCGAAUGGUGUUGGCAGGUUGCACUGCUGAAUAUUGAUGGGUCUGUUCUGGGAAGUGGAUCGCUUAUUGAUGGACGUUACAUUGUAACCGCAGCUCAUAAAAUUGCCGGGAGGAAUAUCAGUGAGCUGAUUGUUCUUAUCGGCCAGUAUGACUUCGCCAAUCCCAUCAGUCCUGAUGAUAACGGCACGACAACCUGGUAUGCGAAACCACUGGAAAUCAUCGUCCAUGAACUAUUCAAUCCUCAGACACUGGACAACAACAUUGCUCUCAUCCGUAUCCCCAUGGUCAACUGCAACACCGCCAACGUCUGUCCCGUAUGCCUGAACUCCAUCACCGACAGCGUCGACUACCUCUCCACCUUCACCAACUGCUACAUCACCGGCUGGGGCGCCACCGUCUCCAAACGUACCUCCACCAUCCUCCAGGAGGCCCGCGUCCGCAUCCUGCCCACCUCCGAGUGCCUGCAGCGCUUCGCCACUCUCGGCCUAGCGGAUCUGCAAUUACCGGCAUCGGCAUUCUGCGCCGAAGGCACCGGCAGUAACGGCUUGACCACGGGCCCCACCAACCGGGUGAUGAGUACGUGCGGCGGGGAUGGCGGCGGCCCACUGGUCUGUGAGUCGGGCGACGGGCUGUGGCGUCUGGUGGGGCUGAUUGCGCUGGGCCUAGAUGAGUGCAAACAGGGCAAGGUGUCGGCACCCACCGUGUUUAUCAACGUGGCCAUGUUUGUGGAUUGGGUACAUGCGGUGCGGCGGCGCAUGAGUAAGGGAGCGGAUGUGGAGGAAUUAUGGGGUGGAAAUAGUAUUAAUGUCAAGAAUAAACCGGGCGACCGGGAGCCAAAAUCCGUUGACCGGAGGAAGGCGGAUGGGGAAUAUAAAAAUGCUCAAAGUGUCUUUGGUCGGGCGCUGUUUUAAGAUACUAAACUUAUAGUAUGUAAACUGGUUGUUGGUUUUUUUGCCGGAUGACGUUAGCAUUAUAACCAAUGGUUUUGUUAUAAUGAAAUCCUACGAUAAUACCCAU